AUGCGCCUUGCGCAACCUCCGGCACCCUCGCAGGCCCCGCCAGACACGCCUGCACCGCGGACCCCGCCAACCCCCCCGGCGCUCGCGCUCGCCGCUGCGCCGCGCCCACGCGCCGGCGCCGGGGCCCUGCUGCCGGCCAAAGGCGACCCGGCACCCCCAGCCGCGGCAGGUGCUGACACCGCGGCACUGCGCCUGGAUUGGGUGGACCCGCAGAUGCCGGCGCUGCCGUGGCUUUGCUACGAUCCCGUCCCCACGGCGGCGCAGGACGCGGCACCCGGGCUGGUGGAGCCGGACGAGGUGCUUCGGCUCGCGCGCGCGGAGCCCGGCCGCUACAGCGGCGAGCGCCAGGCGGCGGCGGGGGUGACUGGGACGCGAGCGCGCGCAGCCGCACCAGGCUUUUCCGCCCAGCAGAGCAUGUGGGACGCGAUGGUCGCGCGGGAAGGCCGCCUCGUGGGGGGGCUUCCCUCCAUCCCGCCGCCCGGGCGGAGCAGCGUCGCAGCGCGGCCCGCUCAGGGCAGCCUUCAAGACGCGGCGAUGGAUGUGCCAGCGCAGCUGCUCGGUUACAGCCGCCCAAUCCUCAUCCAGCAGCUGGUGUUAAGAAAGCUGGCUUCGGCGCUGUCGCAGCCGCAGCCGCCGCCGCAGCUGCAUGCGCAUGCGCAUGGGGAUGUGCCACCUCCCGAGGGCAGCGCCGCAGGCCCGAGCGCGUGGCCGGCCGGCGACGCUGCCGCAGCGUUGGGGCCGCCCGCCGCCCUGGCCGAGCCUGUCGCCGCUGCCAGCGCGGCGCCUUCGCCCAGCCCAGCCGCAGUGGCCCAGCCGGCCGCGUCCGCCCAG